CCGAUGCAGAAAGACGUGCCUUUUGUGAGAAAAUCAAAUUUAUUCACAAUUAUUAGUAUUUUAUCUUAAAAUUCCUUUCUCUUUAAAUACCUAGUAGUUGCUGUGAACAUUUUAAAGUAUUUUAGUAAAAUAAAGACUGAAAAAAUAGUGAGAAACAAAAACAGACAAAGUUAAGACAAGUUCAGACAAAACAAAACAGAGUGCAUACGAUACAUUUGUGAAAGUUUUAAACAAGAGACAAUAAUUUAUUGAACUUUUAACAAGUAGUGAUGGUUGAUCCUGGGGGCAAUUGCCUCCAGGAUCCUGGGGGCCGCCGCCCUCAGGACCCUGGUGAUCCUGGUGGAACUCAACAAAUUCCUAGAGAACCCAAUCUAUACCUGGAAGGAUUUCACUAUGGGACAUCAUAUCGUGUAGUGAUUUCCAGAAUCGACCCUGCUAAAAAAAUUAACGAUAUGGAUGUUGGGGUUUGCCUCAACAAAAUCUACCCAGCUGGUGAAAUCAUUGAAGUAGCUAAAGUGAACAGGAGAAAUGUUAUUGCAUACUUCAAAACAAAAAAUGGUGCCAAUACAUGUGUGAAUGAAGAGAGAGUGAAACCUUAUGGGUAUAAAUGCUACAUUCCAACUUAUUAUGUAGCAUCAAUGGGAAUCAUCAAUGGAGUGUCUGUCGAGCUCUCUGUGGAGGAACUCCAGGGAAAAAUCCGGACAACAAAUGGGAACGACAUCAAAGUUAAAAGAGUCAUGAGAAUAACGCGCAAAGAGACUGAGAAGGGUGUUGAAACUUUUCAUACAACAGAAAGGAUCAAAGUUCUUUUCCAUGGAACUAUCCUUCCACGGGAAAUUUUCUGCGAAUCAGCAAGACGUUUUGUCAAUUUCCAAACCCGAAAAAUUCUACAAUGCAUGAAAUGCCUCAGAUUCAAUCAUCAUGAACGAUUCUGCAGGGAAGAAAUUGGUAUUUGUCACCAAUGUGGAGAAAUUAAAGGACAUGAGGGUAACUGCACCAAUAAACGAUGCAUUAACUGCUGGAAUAAUGAAAAUAAUUCCCAUUCUGCGACUGAUUCAAACUGCCCAGAAAGGAUUAUUGCCGAAGACAUCAAUAAAAUAAUGGUAGAACAGAAUAUGUCCAGAGGGGAGGCAUAUCGACUGAAAAAUCACCAGAAAAGUGAAGCAAGGUCAUAUGCAAACAUUGUUGCACAAAACAUAUAUGAUGGACUUGACCUAGAGGAGGAAAAUCCAGAACUUAACGCAUUAAACCAAAGGAAGAAGAACAGACCUCCACGGAGAAGAGGAAGAAGGAGGAGUUUCACAAUCAAGGGUUUUAAGAGAAACAUGACACAGGAAACCAAUCAGGGAUCUUCAGAGGAGAAUUUUGAAAUCUCUGACAUUGAUGAGACAUCUAAUACUGAAACUGAAAGAAAUGUACCUGUUGCAUCGACUUCCAAAUUGGAAACAAACCAACAAAACCAGGCUGAUGCCCAAUCAAAUAACCAAGAAGAACAAGCAGCUCGAAUCCUGACUGCCCUCAAGGAAAAGCGUCAACACCCAACAUCAUCGUCAGAUGAACAAACGCAUCAAAUUAGUAAGAAGACCAAAACCUUUGAUUUUAAGAAGAAAGCCUGAAAUAAAGAAGAAGAAGAAGAAGAAGAAAAAA